CUCUACUCUACUCUACUCUACUCUACUCUACUACCUCUACUUUACCUCUUCUCUACUACCUCUACUCUACUAUCUCUACUUCUACCAUCUCUACUCUACCAUCUCUAUUCUACUAUCUCUACUAUCUCUACUACCUCCACUACUACCUCCACUACUACCUCCUAUCUCUACUACCUCUACUACUUCUACUACCUCCUAUCUCUACUACCUCUACUACUUCUACUACCUCUACUCUACUCUACUACUUCUGCUACCUCUACUCUACUACCUCUACUCUACUACUUCUACUACCACUUAAGUUACCACAGUAACCCAAGUUAGUACUAUGACCGCCACACUACCAAGCCUUUUCCUACCCUCCUCCACAGAUCGACUCGACGGGAAAUGAGAUGGGCCCCGAAAUCCCUCAUAUCUAUCAGCCGAACACGUGAUCAGAUAUGGAACUGGAAAAGAAACAUCUCACGUGACCCCUUGCCGAUUGCGUGCUCAACGGCUGGUACGUGCCCGCCAUUUUCAUCUGACAGCCUUGCAUAUCGAAGCCCUGUCAUUGGCCCGAUAAAGCUUUGAUGCGCCUGCCAAAGUUUAUCUGCCUAUCGCGCAUUGAAAGCGGCAUGUCAAAAUGUAGGACCAGCAUUUCCGAGGGAUCAGACUCGUCCAUUUUUUGCCCCCGGACCUCUAAUUCUUAUUUCAUUGUAUUGGUAAAACCACUGGCCUCUUAUAUUUUGUAUUUAGAGGUCCAUUUCCCUUCUUGGAGAGAGGUACGCCAGCUAUAUCAAAAGCGCCCGUCAUACCUGUCGCCAUCAUCACAAUCCGCAUUUUCACACCCUCCGAUAUCCGGUCCCGCGCCUCUGGAUGCUACAAUGCGGACAUCCCUCCUCACCUCGAUCGAUGCCACAUCGCACAUCCACCUCAUAGUCGGCACCAAUGCGCUCGCCGCCGCCCGGUGCGCGAAAUCCCUCGAAGUCGGCGCCACGCCCAUCGUCAUCUUCCACCCGGAUGAGUGGGAGCAUGAGGUUCACCCCGCGCUCCAGCAGCAUAUCGACGACAAGGAGGUGAAGUGGCUAUCCAAGCCCUACCACGACGACGAUAUCUCUACCCUCGGAAGGCCCGAAUUAGACGGCUACGUCGACGCCGUCUUCGUCACCCUCAGCCCACGAGAUCCUCUGAGCCUCCACAUCUCCACCCACUGCAAACGCCACCGCGUCCCCAUCAACAUCGUCGACGCCCCCUCCCUCUGCACCUUCUCCAUCCUCUCCACGCACACCGACGGCCCCCUCCAAAUCGGGAUAACCACCAACGGCAAAGGCUGCAAGCUCUCCUCCCGCAUCCGUCGCGAAAUUGCCUCCUCCCUCCCCCCCAACCUCGGCGCCGCCUGCGAGCGUCUGGGGCGCAUAAGGCAGCGCAUCCAAGCCGAAGACCACGCUGCGCACGCUGCGAAGUUCGCGGUGGAUGAGGAGGAUAGCGGGGAGCAGAGCGCGAGUUUUAAUAAGCUGGUGAAGGAGGCGGAUCGUGAGGCGGCCAAGGGGAGGAGGAUGAGGUGGUUGAGUCAGAUUUGCGAGUACUGGCCCCUAAGCCGACUGGCGGACGUCACGGAUGCGGAUAUCGAAGCUGUGAUGACGGCGUAUACAUCCGCGCCCUCCGCCUCGCCUUCCCUCGCUAGCACAGGAACUAUCACUACCGCCACCUCCCCGCCGUCUCUCCCCGCUCCUCCUCCAGCAACUAAAAAGGGCCUCAUCAUACUCGCUGGCUCGGGGCCGGGACAUCCGGAUCUACUUACCCGGGCUACGCAUCGCGCUAUUCAUUCCGCGACGUUGAUCUUAGCAGAUAAACUCGUUCCCGCCCCCAUCCUCGCCCUGAUCCCGCGCCGCACACCCUUACACAUCGCGCGCAAAUUCCCCGGUAACGCGGAGCGCGCGCAGGAGGAGUUGAUGGCACUCGCUUUAGCCGGGUUGCGGCGGGGCGAAACGGUGUUGCGCUUGAAACAGGGGGAUCCCUACCUCUACGGCCGGGGCGGGGAGGAGGUUGAAUUCUUUAGGAAGGAGGGGUGGGGGGAUAAGAUUGUCGUACUCCCCGGAAUCACGAGUGCCUUCUCCGCGCCCCUCUUUGCGGGUGUGCCAGCGACGCAGAGGGGGGUAGCGGACCAAGUGCUCGUCUGCACCGGGACAGGGAGGAAAGGGGUCCCGACCAAGCCACCGACGUAUGUUGAGAGCCAGACGGUUGUUUUCUUGAUGGCGUUGCAUCGCAUCGGCGGGUUAGUAGAGGAUUUAACCACCUUUGCGCCGGAAGAAGCUGCUGUUGCUUCCACCUCCUCUUCCACUGACGCUGCUACCGCCGCUGCCGGCGCCGUCGCCGCCGCUGUUGCUGCUGGUGCCGCGAAGGUAGACGGUACACUCACACCCACCCGCGCCCUCUGGCCCCUAUCAACACCCUGCGCCGUCAUCGAACGCGCAUCCUGCCCUGACCAGCGCGUUAUCCGGACCACCCUCUCUUCCGUCGUUGCGGCAAUCGAAUCAGAAGGUUCGCGUCCACCUGGUCUGUUAGUGUUAGGGAAAGCUUGUGAAGCGCUCUGGACGCCUGUGGAUGGGAAGAAGUGGGUUGUUGAGGAGGGGUUUAGGGGGUUGGAGUUCGCUGGUGGGGAGGGGGGGUUGGGGAGACCAGACCAGGCCAGGGCAGCCGAAUAA